UACCCUGCAGCAAACUAAAGGGAAGCAAUACCUGACAGACUUCAUCUCAGAGCCAAACAAGGUUGAUACAAUGGAAGACCUCCAAGCAGCUAAUACAAGCUUUGUCCUUGAUCUUUUCAAGGCUCUAUCUAAAGCAAAUAAAAAUAAGAAUAUCUUCUUCUCCCCUUGGAGCAUUUCUUCUGCUAUGGCCAUGGUCUAUCUAGGAGCCAGAGGUAACACUGCAGCUCAGAUGUCAGAGGUCCUUCAUUUUAAUCAAGUUGGAGGAGAUGAAGUAGACAAAGCUACCCAAGUGGCCAUAAAGAAGCCAAUUUAUUGUGAAAUGAUGCAGCAAAUCCGAAAAGAGGAUUAUCCCCCUGCCAUUCAGAAGGCCCAAGCCAGAAAUGAAAUCCAUACUGGAUUCCAGGCACUUGGAUCUGCAGUCAACAAAGCCUCUGAAGUUUACGUAUUUGAAAGUGCCAAUAAACUAUUUGGAGAUAAAUCUUUUCAGUUUAAAGAAGAAUACUUGCAUCUCUGUGAGGAAUACUACUCUGCAGAGCCUCAAGCAGUUAACUUUAUGGAAAAUGCAAAUGAAACCAGAAAACAGAUCAACUCCUGGGUUGAAAUUCAGACAAAAGGUAAAAUUCCAGUUCUGUUACCUGAAGGUUCUGUGGAUGAGGAGACCAAGCUGAUCCUUGUCAAUGCUGUCUACUUCAAAGGAAAGUGGGAAAAUCCGUUUCAAAAGAAAGCCACAAAGCAGCAACCUUUCCGAGUGAGCUUGUCCCAGCAUAAACCAGUACAGAUGAUGCACCAGAAAGCAACACUCCAGAUUGGUUACAUAGAAGAACUGAAAACUCAGAUUCUUGAGCUGCCUUAUAAAGGAGAUAUCAGCAUGUUCCUACUAUUACCAGAUGAAAUCAGUGAUUCAUCUACAGGUUUGGACCAGCUAGAAAAGGAAUUAACCUAUGAAAAACUGAAUGAGUGGACCAGCAAAUCCACCAUGAAGAAGGGACUUGUGUAUGUGUACCUGCCUCAAUUCAAGCUGGAAGAGAAUUGUGAAUUGAAAUCCAUCCUGAGCAGCAUGGGGAUGAAAGAUGCCUUCAUCCCAGGGAAAGCCAACUUUUCAGGCAUGUCAGAAAACAACAACUUGUUUCUAUCCCAAGUGUUCCACAAGGCCUCUGUGGAGGUCAAUGAAGAAGGCACGGAGGCAGCGGCUGGCUCUGGAGCUGUCAUGUCCGGGAGAACUGGCUAUGUUGAACUUCAGUUUGUGGCAGAUCAUCCUUUUCUGUUCUUUAUCAAGCACAACAAAACCAAUGGCAUCCUCUUCUAUGGCAGAUUCUGUUCCCCAUAA